GGAAGUUCGGGUCCAUAUGCGCUUGCGCAUAGUUCCCGGGCCAACUGCUGGGGAUCUCCUUUGACAGCUGAUUCCUGCGUUGAAACUAAAACAUGGAGUUAGAACAAGCAGAAGAUGAUCUUGGACCCAAGGGUGAGGAAACAGGCAGUCUUGUCAAUGAAAGUAGUUCAUUACGUGGCAGUCUGGACAGUGAUCUGAACAAACCUAAUGUUGGCUCAGGCUACCUGGAAAUGGAUAAGGAGUUUGAUUUAAAGCAGGACCUGAUUGAUGACAAAGAGUUUGACAUCCCUCAGGUGGAUACUCCGCCAACGCUAGAGAGUAUUCUUAAUGAGACAGAUGAUGAAGAUGAAUCCUUUAUACCAGAGGAUCCAGCACUUCUGAACGUGGAGGUGGUAGACACUCACUCGUGUGACACUUCAUCGCUGGCAAGUUCUGACAGUGGUGACCGAGCGCACAAGAGGAGGAAGAGACUCCCAGAUGCCUUUUCUCGCCACGGAUCAGUGAUGCGCCACACACUGCUUAAAGGAAUCUCUGCUCAGAUUGUUUCAGCUGCUGAUAAAGUGGAUGCUGGUUUACCCACAGCAAUAGCUGUUUCUAAUCUAAUUGCAGUUGGCACCUCUCAUGGUCUAGCCUUGAUAUUUGACACAAACCAGGCCCUGAGACUUUGUUUGGGCAGCACAGCAGUUGGCGCUCAGUAUGGUGCGGUGUCUGCCCUGAGUAUUAACAAUGACUGCUCCCGGUUGCUCUGUGGCUUUGCUAAGGGACAGAUCACAAUGUGGGACUUGGCCAGUGGGAAACUAUUAAGAACCAUAACAGACGCUCAUCCUCCAGGAACUGCCAUUUUACACAUCAAGUUCACAGAUGACCCGACUCUCGCCAUCUGCAAUGACAGUGGAGGAUCAGUGUUUGAGCUAACAUUUAAGAGAGUAAUGGGCGUAAGGACGUGUGAGUCACGUUGUCUGUUUAGUGGCUCCAAAGGGGAGGUUUGCUGCAUUGAGCCCCUUCACACCAAAACUGAGCUCCGAGAUCACCCAGUUACACAGUACUCCUUGCUAGCAAUGGCGUCCCUGACCAAGAUCCUGGUGAUUGGCCUAAAGCCGUCUCUGAAAGUUUGGAUGACUUUUCCUUAUGGACGAAUGGAUCCCUCCAGCGUCCCAUUGCUCGCCUGGCACUUUGUAUUCCUUCAGGGUUCCCUGAACCCCAUGCUUGCAUUCUGCAGGGGAGAUGUGGUACAUUUCCUCUUGGUGAAACGGGAUGAAUCUGGAGCUAUACAUAUAAAUAAACAGAAGCAGCUUCACCUGCACUAUGACCUUAUUAACUUCACUUGGAUUAAUGCCCGCACAGUGGCGCUAUUGGACAGUGCAGAGAAACUACAUGUGAUCGACCGGCAAACCCAGGAGGAGCUGGAGAUGCUGGAAAUAUCUGAAGUACAGCUAGUAUACAACAGCAGCCACUUCAAGUCUCUGGCCACUGGAGGAAAUGUUAGCCAGGCUCUGGCACUGGUUGGAGAAAAGGCUUGUUACCAGUCCAUCAGUAGCUAUGGUGGGCAAAUCUUCUACUUGGGAACCAAGUCUGUCCAUGCCAUGAUGCUGAGAAACUGGCGAGAGAGAGUUGAUCAUCUGUUGAAGCAAGACUGUUUUAAUGAGGCCUUGGCUUUAGCUUGGUCUUUCCAUGAAGGCAAAGCCAAAGCUGUUGUUGGUCUUUCUGGUGACCCAAAAAAGAGGAAGAGUGUAACUGCUGAUAAGAUAGUUGAAAUUUUGCUCCAGUAUACAGACAAAGCCCUAAGAAAAUGCCCUGAGCAAGGCAAAAUCCAGGUGAUGGAACAGCAUUUCCAGGAUACAGUACCAGUCAUAGUGGAUUACUGCCUCUUAUUGCAGCGCACGGAUAUCCUUUUCAGCCAGAUUUAUGACAAGCUGAGUGAGAACUGUGUGGCCAAGGGAGUGUUCUUGGAGUGUUUAGAGCAGUACCUACUACGCGACCAGCUCCCUGGGCUUACUGCGCAUGUCAUGAAAGAUCUGCUUCAACAUUUCCAAGACCGAGGUCUGAUGGACAGUGUAGAGGCCUGCAUUAUACACAUGGACAUCACCAGUCUGGACAUACAGCAGAUUGUACACAUGUGCUGGGAGCACAGACUGUAUGAUGCCAUGAUCUAUGUAUACAACAGCGGAACUAAUGAUUUUAUCAGCCCUAUGGAGAAACUUUUCAAAGCCAUCUCUACACCCAUCAGUUCUGGAAAAGCUUUGACAGAUGAGCAGGUUGUGAUGGGAAACAAACUCCUGGUCUAUAUCAGUUCUAGUUUGGCUGGGCGAGCAUAUCCUUUGGGUGAUAUUCCAGAAGACCUUGUGCCUUUGGUAAAAAAUCAGGUCUUUGAGUUCCUAAUUCGCCUACACUCCCCAGAGGCCCCUCAGGAAGAGGAUGUGUACCCGUACAUUCGUACCCUGCUGCAUUUUGACACUCGAGAGUUUCUCAAUGUUCUGGCUCUGACAUUUGAAGAUUUCACAAAUGAUAAACAAGCAGUGGAACAUCAACAGAGGAUAGUGGACAUCUUACUGAAGGUUAUGGUGGAGAACUCUGACUUUACACCAUCACAGGUGGGCUGUCUAUUUACUUUCCUGGCUCGACAGCUUGCCAAACCUGACAAUACGCUCUUUGUGAACCGCAUGCUUUUUGAUCAGGUUCUAGAAUUUCUUUGCAGUCCAGAUGAUGAUUCUCGUCAUUCAGAGAGGCAGCAGGUGCUUCUGGAACUGCUUCAGGCUGGAGGUGUUGUGCAGUUUGAAGAGAACAGACUGAUUCAGCUGGCAGAGCGGGCACAGUUUUAUCAGAUUUGUGAGUUUAUGUAUGAACGGAAGCAUCAGUAUGAGAAAAUCAUAGACUGCUACCUGCAGGAUCCUGUUCGGAAGCAAGAAGUGUUUAACUAUAUACAUAACAUUUUGUCUAUCCCGGGGUACAGCCCAGAGGAGAAACAAUCAACCUGGGAUAAAGCAAUGAGACAGAUAGAGGAACUGAUUACACUGAGUCCCAAGCAAAAGCUGCAGACAAUGAUUUGCAUCCACUUCUGUGAACAGCUAGGAUAUAUAAUUGAAAGGAUAAAGGAUUCAUCAAUGCUUUUCCAGUUUCUUAGAAGUCUUCUAGAUCCAAGAGAUGGGGCCCAGUUGCCCCCUGAGCUUUUACAGUCUCAGCCUCACAUCACAGAAAUGUUCGUAGACCUGAUGUGUUGUUUUGAACCUGGAGAGGUGACAUCAAUGCUAAGAAUACUGGAACAUUACAGACUAGAAGAGACUAUACAGAUUGCAGAGAAGCACAAUCAUCAUGAAACCUUAGCAUAUCUCCUAGAGAGGAAGGGAGAUAUCCAAGGAGCCUUCAAAGUCAUGCUCUCGAGACUGCAAGUAAAGCUUUCCAUGCUAACAGAGUCCCCUCCAGAUACUAAAGUCUCCAUGACAGGCACCAGUGAAGUGCAAUAUCUGCAGGAUGUAGAGGAAGCCUUAUUGGAAAACACUGCUCUUUGUGAAAGAACUUCUCACACCCUAAACCAGCAGCAGACUGAGGCUCUGUGGUUUGCUUUACUUGAAGCAAUGAUGGGUCCGCAGAAGCUUUUUAGUUCUCGUUCGUCACAGCUAUACUCUGAGCCAUUGAAGUUUAUGACAAUGCAAGUCCUGAACAGCAUGGCCACAUUUAUUUCUCUGCCCUCUAUCUUACAAAGGAUUUUACAGGACCCAGUUUAUGGCAAUGGGAAGCUCGGAGAAAUAAAAACACUUAUCCUUGGAAUGUUGGACACAUUUAACUAUGAACAGACAUUACUUGAAACCACAACCAACCUGUUGAACCAAGACCUGCACUGGUCCCUGUGCAACCUGAAGUCCUCUGUUACCCGAGCCUUGGUACCCAAGCAGGAUUGCUGCUGCGUCUGCCUGCAUCAGUACAAGAGGAUACAAGACACCACUGACAAGAUUAUUGUCUUCAGCUGUGGACACCUGUACCACUCACUUUGCCUUUUGGGGAAGGACUGCAAGGUAGAGGCUGCGGGACAAAGCCAAUGGAUCUGCUACCAUUGUAACUCUAGCAGCAAAGGCAGAACUGGAAAACCAACCGGGUCAGAUAAAAAAGGGAGAACGUCAUCUUUGGCACAGGUGCGAGCUGCCUCACCUCAUACAUCCCGUAAGAUGUCAACUGGAAAGUCAAAUUCUGAACAAAACCUGGACCCUCAACAGCUACAGGCAUUUGAACAGCUAUGUCUUCAGUACAGAGGAACCUCAAGGCUGGCUCUCUUAACCGAGCUAUGUCGAUCCACAUGGCCCAGAGAAACCUACCACUUACCAUAGUCCCACUCGGCCUGCAGUGUCUUUCAGAAUGAGAACUUCAAGCUGCACCUUGCCCCUCCACCUUUCAUCGACGACUGACUCCAGGCAUGUAGCAGUAUCCCAUUCCUUAUGGAGUGGAGCAUUUCCGUGACGGUUUUCAUGCUACAAAGGAAACAUCCCUCAGAAUAUACAAAAUCCUGCUUUUUUAUAUUUUGAUUUUUUUUUCAUCAAAUGGAACUGUGGUGAACAUCUGGACAGUUUACAUGUGCCUGACAGAAUGAGUGAUUUAAGUGCAAGAAGUAUAUCCAGAGGAUUCCAUGUGUCUUUUGCUGACAUUCCUCAAUCAGCGUGUAUGUGUGGUUAGUGUGUGUGUAUGUGCGAGGGUGCGUGUAUGUGCGAGGAUGCGUGUGUGUGUGAGGUUGCGUG